AUGCUCCACACUGCCAAAAGGUUGAAAUGGGUCGAUGAAGGGUUUGAAAUGUUGGUUUUCACCGACAGCUUAUUACGAGCUGCUGAUGAUAAUAAUAAUACCAUAGCACAGGAGCUUGGCCAAGCAAAUAUUUUGAUAGUUGUGGCCGUUUCGAAUGAAGAUUCCGUAAAAUGGAUUCAAUCCAAUUACGAGAUUGCCCCAAACGUCAUUUGCUUUGAUUCCUCUCCAAAUCUGAUGAACAAAUUAGGGGGUACCCUCAUCCAGACCAAAUCCAAACUGCCAUUAUUGCCUCGACCGAAGAAGUUAAAAGAAUCGGAAGAUGUAAUUAAAUCCGUGUUUGAAUCUUGGGAGAGACACAACUCUGAUGACAUAAGGUUCUGUUUGCUCGUAAUUAUAAACGCUUACAUAAGACCCGUUCCCAUACUCAAGAACCUAAGAGCAAAGGGCUUCUCCACUCUGAACUGCAUGGUGAAAAACUGUGGGCCCCAGAUAUUGAACUGUCUUCUUGACCCAAUUUGCCGAAAAGCCCUUCAGUGCCUGAACAAGUGCAGCCCGGUGGACCAAGUGUGCAACUACCGCUGCAUAGCCUCGUAUGAGAGCCCAUGUCUCGAAGAGUUCUCUUUAUGCGUGCUGCAGAAGAACAAUUGUCUUCAGUUGGACGCUGAGAUUCCGAAAAAACCCCAUGUGAGCCCAAUGUCUCGGUUCCGAAGGGAGUAUUUGGAUCACGAAACGGCCGAGGAUCUUUUCGUGGGCUGGUUGGGGAAUUUGGAUUGGAGCUGGCGAGUCGUGGCCGGUCAGAACCCGGCCUACGACCAGUUCCCUUGCCAGUACCAGCUUUUUUACAGGGGAAGGGCAAAAGGGUCAUUUUGGUACGAGCCCGUUUUUCAGGUCAGGACGCUCGACGGCGAUUUGGUGUGGAGGAGGAGAAAAUACCGCGUGAAGAGGGGAAAAGUGCCUGGGACUUUUAAUUUUAGCGUGUUGGAUAAUGGAGUGGUGUCAAACGAGUUUUGGACGAUUGUGGACGUGAGUGAUGACUUGAGUUGGGGUUUGUUUCAUUAUCAUGGGGCGGCUCGGGCGGCCGGGCAGUCAUACACUGGGGCAGUGCUCGUUAGCCCGGACGGUUUGUACCCUGACGAGAGACAUAAACGGAGGCUUGCACUUGCACUCGGCUCGUGUGGUGUUGAGGAGUGGGAAUUGUUUGAUGUCGAUAACUGUACGUGCGAGGGCCCGCCUUUGGGUUUGCCUGAGGGUUCGAGUUUGCAUUUUAAGGUUAGGGUUGGAGAUUCAGAGGAUUCAUCGGUCAGUCAGUAG